AUGGCGCAAGUUCCUGUCCAGAAGGACGAGAAGGAAAAGAAAAAUGAUGAGCUGGCAACAGCCAUCCUUAAGGACAAAUCCAGACCAAAUCGUUUGAUCAUCGACCAGUCGGAAAACGAUGACAACUCGAUGGUCUCGCUCUCACAAGCAAAAAUGGACGAACUUGGACUCUUCCGUGGAGACUCGGUCAUUCUGAAAGGAAAGAAGCGACGAGAGACAGUGUCGAUUGUGUUGAAUGCUGACAACUGUCCCAAUGAUAAGAUCAAGAUGAACAAGGUGGUGCGCAACAAUCUCAGAAGUCGUCUCGGUGACGUCGUCAGCAUUUCUAGUGCCCAAUUGGAGUACGGAAAGCGCAUUCAUGUUCUUCCUAUUGAUGACACUAUUGAAGGAUUGACUGGAAACUUGUUCGAUGUGUUUCUUCGUCCAUACUUCACGGAUGCCUACCGUCCAGUUCACAAAGGAGACAUAUUCACAGUUCAGGCUGCGAUGAGAACUGUCGAGUUCAAGGUUGUUGAAACUGACCCAGCUCCGGCCUGCAUCGUCGCUCCAGACACUGUCAUCCACUACGAAGGUGACCCGAUCAAGAGAGAAGAGGAAGAGGAGGCACUCAAUGAGGUCGGAUACGACGAUUUGGGAGGAGUUCGUAAGCAACUGGCUCAAAUCAAGGAGAUGGUCGAGCUGCCACUCCGUCACCCACAACUCUUCAAGGCUAUUGGAGUCAAGCCACCACGUGGAAUUCUGUUGUUCGGACCACCAGGAACAGGAAAAACUUUGAUCGCAAGAGCCGUUGCCAAUGAGACUGGUGCAUUCUUCUUCCUUAUCAAUGGUCCAGAAAUCAUGUCGAAGAUGUCCGGAGAGUCCGAAUCCAAUUUGAGAAAGGCUUUCGCCGAAUGUGAGAAGAACUCGCCAGCCAUCCUCUUCAUUGACGAAAUAGACGCUAUUGCUCCAAAGAGAGAGAAGGCUCAUGGAGAAGUCGAGAAGCGUAUUGUCUCUCAGCUCCUCACUCUUAUGGAUGGGCUCAAGACUCGUGCUCAUGUUGUCGUUAUUGCUGCCACCAACCGUCCAAAUUCCAUUGAUGGAGCUCUUCGUCGUUUCGGGCGUUUCGAUCGCGAAAUCGACAUUGGAAUUCCAGACGCUGUUGGACGUCUAGAAAUUCUCAGAAUCCACACCAAGAACAUGAAGCUCGGAGAAGAUGUCGAUUUGGAGCAAGUCGCAAAUGAGUGCCACGGAUUCGUUGGUGCCGAUUUGGCUUCUCUUUGCUCGGAAGCUGCUCUUCAACAAAUUCGUGAGAAAAUGGAGCUCAUCGAUUUGGAAGAUGAUACCAUUGACGCCGAAGUACUGAACUCUUUGGCCGUCACCAUGGAAAAUUUCAGAUUCGCAAUGGGAAAAUCGUCUCCUUCUGCUCUCCGGGAAGCCGUCGUCGAAACUCCAAAUACCACAUGGAACGACAUCGGAGGACUUCAGAACGUCAAGCGAGAGCUUCAAGAGCUUGUUCAAUAUCCAGUCGAACACCCAGAAAAGUAUCUCAAGUUCGGAAUGCAGCCAUCGCGUGGAGUUCUCUUCUAUGGACCACCAGGAUGCGGUAAAACACUUCUUGCCAAGGCUAUCGCUAACGAAUGUCAGGCCAAUUUCAUCUCCAUCAAGGGUCCAGAGCUCCUCACUAUGUGGUUCGGAGAAUCCGAAGCCAAUGUUCGUGAUGUUUUUGAUAAGGCACGUGCCGCUGCUCCGUGUGUUCUCUUCUUCGACGAACUCGAUUCCAUCGCCAAAGCCAGAGGAGGAAGCGUCGGAGACGCCGGAGGUGCUGCUGAUCGUGUGAUCAAUCAAGUUCUCACCGAGAUGGACGGAAUGAACGCGAAGAAGAAUGUCUUCAUCAUCGGAGCCACCAAUAGACCAGACAUCAUUGAUCCAGCUGUUCUUCGUCCAGGACGUCUCGAUCAGCUCAUCUACAUUCCACUUCCAGAUGAAGCGUCCAGACUCCAAAUCUUCAAGGCCAGUCUUCGCAAGACUCCACUUGCUGCUGAUCUCGAUUUGAACUUCCUUGCCAAGAAUACCGUCGGAUUCUCAGGAGCCGAUUUGACUGAAAUUUGCCAACGUGCUUGCAAGCUUGCCAUCCGCGAGUCGAUCGAACGUGAAAUCCGUCAAGAGAGGGAACGUCAAGACAGAAGAGCUCGUGGAGAGGAACUCAUGGAAGACGAGACUGUUGAUCCAGUGCCAGAAAUAACUCGCGCUCACUUCGAGGAAGCCAUGAAGUUCGCCAGACGAUCAGUCACUGAUAACGAUAUCAGAAAGUACGAGAUGUUCGCCCAGACGCUCCAGCAGUCUCGUGGCUUCGGAAAUAACUUCAAGUUCCCAGGAGAGGCUCCAUCGGGUGGCCAGCCAGUUGGAGCAGGAAACGGAGGUGCCGGUGGAAACGAUGACGAUGAUCUUUACAACUAG